AUGUCUCAGUAUGCAAUAGAACUAUGUCAAUUAAUAAUAGAGGAUUUUUUUGGACAAAUAGUACUAGCAACAGUUAAUACACUUUUUUUUCAUGGCAGAUUAUCACUAGGAGAAAUAUGUAAAAUAUCAAAACUACAGAAAAAAUAUGUAAAGAAAGCACUUGUUGUUCUUAUACAGCACAACUUUGUUCUUUUUUCCACAGUUAUUGAGGGAUUUUAUGAAUUAACGUACUAUGAAACUACAUGGAAAGAAAUUCUUAAUAUAUUAAGAUAUGGGAAAGAAAUAUUGAUUAUUUCUAAAAAAAUAUCGAAAGAAGCUGGAGCAAUUCUUAAAUAUAUUCAUUGUCAUGGAAAAGUUAAAGUACAAGAUUUGUAUGCAGUAUUUUGCCCAUUAAAAGAUAAAAAUAAUGAGGAAUAUAUAUCAGUUCAAUCUACCAUAACACAUAUGCUUCAAAAAAGAUAUCUUCGUGUUGUUUUAUUGCAUCAACUUAAACCUGACUAUGAUCUUGAGAAUGACUUAAGGAAUAAAGAAUUGGAAAAAAAUCGUUUUUCUAAAAUUGGAGAAACAAAAAAAAGCAAAGAAAUAUUGAAAAAUAUAAAAAAAAAUCUUCAGAGUUUAAAAGAUGAAGAAAUGGAUCCGAAUUUAGGUUUAAAAAAAAAAGAUGUCGAUUUAAUUGAACAAAGAUAUAAAAGACAAAAAAAGAACGGUGAUUCAUCCUAUAUUUUGGAUGAAAAUGUAUUUCUAAGAGUGAAUCAUGAAAAAUUUAUUACAAUAUCUCGUAAUGCAGAUCUUGUACAGCUUGUAGAGAAUCGUAUUGGGAAAGCAACUGCACAAGUAUAUUGCCACAUAUUACAACAACUCGAAGUUCAAAAUAAUAGCAACAACCAAGAAAACACUAUUACAACAAUGAGUAUUCUACAAACAUUUCCGAAAGAUAUAGAUUUAUCUAAAACAUUUAUUACAGUUCCAGAUAAUGAUAAUAAAUCUAUAAAAAUGGAUUCCGAUGAAGAAAUACCUUUAAUAAAUGAUUUUUAUCCUAAUGAAACACCAGAUAAAAUGGCAAUUGAUACAAACGAAUUUUCUAAAAAACUUGAGGAAGAUGAUACUUCUAGGAUUUAUGAUUUAAAUUAUAGAGAACGUUUGAAACAUAUUGUUCAACAUCUUGAAGCUUUAUCUCAAGAUUCGUAUCCACUUCUUUUUAAGAUUGAAGCUAAACAUUUUGGGAAAUGGAAAGUUGAUUAUAAACAACUAUCAUGUCUUCUUCAGGAGCUAGAAUAUGAAAAAAUUAUCGAACAUAAAUUUGGUUAUAUUGCUACAAGACUUCUUCGAAUUAUUCGUGAAAAAGGAAAAGUAGAUGAAAAACAGCUUGCCUCAAUUGCUUUUUUAAAACAACAAAGCAUUCGUCCUAUUCUUAUGGCACUAACUGAAAUUGGUGCUCUUGAUAUUCAAGAAAUUCCACGCAGAUCUGAAAGACAACCAUCUAGUAUCUAUUUCUUAUGGUUUCAUAGGUUUGAAAGAGCCAAAUCUAUUUUAAUAGAUAGUAUUUAUCAAGAAAUUUCUUAUUAUCAUCGACAUUUAAAGAAUGAACUAAAACAAAGACAAAAAUUGUUAACAAAAAUUGAAAGAACUGAUGUGCAAGAACAUGAAAAAGAGCUUCUUCCAGUUAAUGAACAACAAGAAUUAAAAUAUUUCAGAGCUAUAGAAGAAAAAAUUUUAAUACAAAUAUCUCGACUUGAUAGAUUAAUAAUGAUAUUAAGGGACUAUUGA